AUUAAUACUGUGGAAAACGAAUCUUUAGCUUACUUGAAUGUAGCGUCUGACACUGUUUACCCACUUGGCAGACACAAAUGGACGCUGCUAUAUCCCAUAUGUGAACAAGCAGUGGGAAACAUAAUUGAACUAAGCUUGUCUAUAUGUCAAAGUCAUCAGUAUAUGUGUGACAAUGGUGAAUGUAUCGACCUAGCCGCCCGUUGUGACGCCAAGAGUGACUGUAACGACGAGACAGAUGAAGACAAUUGUUCCCUUCUCCAAGUGCCCGCAGGUUACCGCAGCUUCAAACCUCCUAAGAAUGUUGGUGACCCAUCAAAGCCUCUCCAGCCUAACUUAAUAUUUAAUUUUUUGCGUUUUCUUAAAAUUGAAGAUGUUGAAGAAACUAUUAACCUUGAGUUUAUUGUUAACAUAGAGUGGAGAGAUUCUAGGCUGACAUAUACUAACCUUCGAGAGGAUAUACAUGCUAAUAAAUUGUCCAAAAUUGAGACUGAGAGCAUAUGGAAGCCAAAAUUGAAGUUUCCGAACGUGAAAGACGGGAAACUACAAAAGUUAGAAGAAAUUUUUUACAUUCAGAAAAAUAAUGACUCUCUCACCAGUAACUUCAAUGCUGUAAAUAUGGAUGUAACGUACAUGGGAGCCUCAGCUGUGAUUAUUCAGCGGGAACACUACAGCGGCAGCUUCGUCUGUGAUUUUAACGUUUUCUACUACCCAUUUGAUGUGCAACAAUGUAGUGUUCUGGUGCAGCUCUCCUCUGUCAAUGAGGAACUUGUUACAUUCACUACAGAGAAAACAACUGUACACUUUGACAAGAGCUCAAAAUUUGGCACAUAUAUCAUCCAAGAUUUCGUAACCCUGAAACAGAAGAGCAAAUCUCCUGAAAGUCUUUUCAAGAUAGGCUACACCUUGCAGCGGCAGUCGACACUGAUCGUGUUGAACAUCUAUUUACCCUCCAUCAUACUCAUGGUCAUUGGCUACUUAACACUUUUCGUCCACGUCCAAAAACUUGAUGUUCGUCUUGGUGUGAGUUUGACGACCCUGCUGGUGUUGUACACUUUCUUCAACCAGACAUCGUCAUCGCUUCCACAAACUGCCUAUGUCAAGAUGAUUGAUGUCUGGUUCUUCUUCUGCACGCUUCUUCUCUUCGUUAUCAUCAUGGUACAUGUCAUAGUAGAGGGGUUAGAGACUGAGGCUGUCGUUCGUAUUGGUCCUCUACGUCGAAAACAAGGCAUCAGAAUCUCGGCUGAGAUUCUUCUGCGUGUGGUACGUCAGGUAGCAGGCAUGACGCCGACCCUCUGCUCUCAUGACAGUCGUCAAGGCUACAAUAAAGAAGUCUCAGACCAGUCACUGACUGUACUGGAAACUGUCAGGAGCAAAAGCUGUGUUUCCAAGUAUCAUCUGGUGAGAGACUUCAACAGUUGUUAGCAUAAGCUGGGAGUCUUCAGAAGCAUUGUCCUGAGGUAGGAGACUUCAAUAGUAGUGGCGGCCUGAGUAGGAUUCAGUAGUGUCAACCGAGCUGUGAGACUUCAGUAGUGUCAACCGAGCUAUGAGACUUCAGUAGUGUCAACAGAUCUGGGAUGCGUCAGUAGUGCUAGC